AAGAUGCUACCUUCCAUUGUACGCAAAUCUGCGCGUAAAGUUUCCAGCUCAGGGAUCUGACUCCUGCACGCCUCGCGUGUGCUGAGGAACUGUGGAAAAAUAUUUUUUUUUUUCACUUUAAGAAAUAUAUAUAUCUCCCUCGAACUAAAAGGAGACUGGCAUGUGCAGAUCACAAGCAGUGCUCGCUUGAGUCCGUGCCCCGUGGAGUCGCUGUGCGCGUGGGGAGGACCUCUGUCUUGGCUGUGCGUCGGCGGCCCGGCAUUCUUCCUUCGGGCGUCGGGUUUAGAAACCUGUGCCGGAAGUUCCCAGGGCCUUUGUAGAAACGCCUGGUGGUGGGCUGUGUGACCUUGCGGGGGUGGGGGCAUUGGAGGGGCUCCCUCUUGGGGCUGCAAGGCAGUUCGCUGGACUUGGGGAACGUUUUAGCCGAGAGGGAGAGGCGGGAGAAGUGUGCUCGUGCGUUUCAUGACACGUCCCCUCCAGAGGCGCCCGCGCCCCCCUCCCGUCUGCGUCUCGGGACUGUGCGCAGGGGGGCCAACCCGGCCCCUGGACAGCGUCAGUCGGCCUGCGGAAAAAUCCCUCGGGGUUCUGGCUGUGUCCCACCUGCUGGGGACGGUGUUGGGACGCAGAUAGAGCCGAUAAACACAGUGAAAGCCCAAAGCAGCGUUGUCUUGUCUGCCAUUCUGUUGGAGGUGAGAUCCGGUUUCCAGGUCUGCCUUGUUCUGAAUCUGGAAGCGUUUGUCACCUGCCUGGUUCGCUGUGGCUUUUUUUCCAAAAAGCGGAGAUUGGAUAAAGGAGUUCAGAUGUGUGCUAAGCCUGCUGGAGUGAACACACUUCCAAGACCUGAUGGAGGCCAGAGCUCAGAGUGCCAACGGGUCGCAGCCCUUGCUGCAGGCGCCCCGUGACAGUGGCAGGCAGCGUGGGGAGCCCGACCCCAGAGAUGCCCUCACCCAGCAGGUCCAUGUGUUGUCUCUGGAUCAGAUCAGAGCCAUCCGAAACACCAAUGAAUACACCGAGGGGCCUACUGUGGUCCCAAGACCUGGGCUCAAGCCUGCUCCUCGCCCCUCCACUCAGCACAAACAUGAGAGACUUCACGGUCUGCCUGAGCACCGCCAGCCUCCCAGGCUCCAGCACUCGCAGGUCCAUUCUUCCACGAGAGCCCCUCUGUCCAGGUCCAUCAGCACGGUCAGCUCAGGGUCUCGGAGCAGUACAAGGACAAGUACCAGCAGCAGCUCCUCUGAACAGAGACUGUUAGGAUCAUCCUUCUCCUCCGGGCCUGUUGCUGAUGGGAUAAUCCGGGUGCAGCCCAAAUCUGAGCUCAAGCCAGGUGAGCUGAAGCCACUGAGCAAGGACGAUUUGGGCCUGCAUGCCUACAGGUGUGAGGACUGUGGCAAGUGCAAGUGUAAGGAGUGCACCUACCCAAGGCCCCUGCCAUCAGACUGGAUCUGCGACAAGCAGUGCCUUUGCUCGGCCCAGAACGUGAUUGACUAUGGGACUUGUGUUUGCUGUGUGAAAGGUCUCUUCUAUCACUGUUCUAAUGAUGAUGAGGACAACUGUGCUGACAACCCGUGUUCUUGCAGCCAGUCUCAUUGUUGUACACGAUGGUCAGCCAUGGGUGUCAUGUCCCUCUUUUUGCCUUGUUUAUGGUGUUACCUUCCAGCCAAGGGUUGCCUUAAACUGUGCCAGGGGUGUUAUGACCGAGUUAAUAGGCCUGGAUGCCGAUGUAAAAACUCAAACACAGUUUGCUGCAAAGUUCCCACUGUCCCCCCCAGGAACUUUGAAAAACCAACAUAGCAUUAUUAAUCAGGAAUAUUACAAUAAUACGGAUUGUUCUUUUUUUUUUUUUUUAACACAUAUGCAACCAACUUAACAGUUGUAAUCUUGGCACUGUUAACAGAGGUUUGGGAUGUUUGCUGUUUGCAGUGAGAUGCUUUCUGUCCAUGUGCCAUUUUAACUGAUGCUUGUUAGAACUCAGCUAAUGGAGCUCAAAGUAAAGGAUACAGAACUCGGUGGCCCACAUGCUGCAUAAGCUAAAGCAGCAGACACUCCUAGGCAAAGUUUCUUGUUUGUGAAUACCCCUUGCAAAAUUUGUAAAUUAGCAAACAACUCUUUUUCCAUUGUUUUCUCCAGAGAUAAUGUGCUAUAUUUUUGUAUAUACAAUAAUAUUUGCAACUGUGAAAAAACAAGUUGUGUCAUACUACAUGGCACAGUCACAAAAUAUUAUACUAAUAUGUUGUACAUUCGGAAGAAUGUGAAUCAAUCCGUAUGUUUUUAGAUUGUAUUUUGCCUUACAGAAAGCCUUUAUUGUAAGACUCUGAUUUCCCUUUGGACUUCAUGUAUAUUGUACAGUUACAGUAAAAUUCAACCUUUAUUUUCUAAUUUUUCAACAUAUUGUUUAGUGUAAAGAAUAUUUAUUUGAAGUUUUAUUAUUUUAUAAAAAAGAAUAUUUAUUUUAAGAGGCAUCUUAUAAAUUUUGCCCCCUUUAUGAGGAUGUGAUAGUUGCUGCAAAUGAGGGGUUACAGAUGCAUAUGUUCAAUAUAAAAUAGAAAAUAUAUUAACGUUUGAAAUUAAA